UUUCUUUAUAUGAAAUGAAAAUCACGUUUUCAUCAGCUGUAAUAUUCUUUCAUGCAUCUCUGACAAGAAUCGGAAAGGAAACGAGGAUUUCGAUGACUUUUUGCUUCCUUUUCAUACAACAAUAACGUCAGUUCUUUAACACCUCAAUCCCAGCUUAUAUAUUUCAUUACUAUUCAUGACUCCCACUUCGUCCUCAUCACAUUCAUAAAUCCUCCCUCAUUACAGUGUUUUAGAGAGAGAGAGAGAGGGUGUUUUUGGAGGUAACAAUGGCAACUCUGAAAGUCCCUGCAAAUGUUCCCCCUUCGGAAGAGGAUGCUGAGAAGCUCCACAAAGCUUUUGCGGGAUGGGGCACAGACGAGGAAGGAAUUGUCGGUAUCUUUGCCCACAGGAAUGGAGCACAGCGAAAGUUAAUUCGCGAAGCAUAUGCUGCAGCUUAUGGUGAGGAUCUUCUGAAGGAGUUGGAGAAAGAACUUUCUGGUGAUUUUCUGCGUGCCAUACUUCUUUGGACGCUGGAUCCAGCAGAGCGAGAUGCUUAUUUGGCUAAUGAGGCUAUAAAGAAGUUGACUGCUAGCAAUUUGGUCAUCAUGGAGAUUGCUUGCACCAGGUCAUCGUACGAUCUGUUCAAAAUCAGACAGGCAUACCAUGCUUGUUACAAGAAAUCACUUGAAGAAGAUGUUGCAUAUUACACAACUGGUGACUUCCGAAAGCUGUUGGUUCCUCUUGUGAGUGCCUUCCGUUAUGAAGGCGAUGAGGUAGACAUGAUAUUGGCGAAAUCCGAGGCUAAGAUACUUCAUGAAAAGAUAUCCGGCAAAGCUUGUGCUGAUGAAGAGCUUAUCAGAAUUUUAACCACCAGAAGCAAAGCACAGCUGAAUGCAACUUUUAACCAGUAUAACGAUCACUUUGGAAAUGCUAUUUCUAAGGAUUUGAAAGCUGACCCCAAGGAUGAGUACCUCAGGUUCCUGAGAGCAACGAUAAAGUGCUUGACCUCUCCGGAGAAAUAUUAUGAGAAAACUCUCCGUUUGGCUAUAACCGGGCUUGGCACAGACGAAUGGGCUCUCACUCGAGUCGUUGUCACCCAAGCUGAGGUCAACUUGCAGAGGAUCAAAGAAGAAUACCAUAAGCGAAACAGUAUGACUCUGGUGCAUGCGGUUGCCGGGGACACUUCUGGAGACUACGAGAAGUUCCUCCUUGCAUUGGUUGGAAAAGAAAAUGAGCAUGCCUGAGUGUUGCGAGUUCUUGUUCCAUAACUGUGUUCUCUAAAUAAAUAUAAGCGGCGAGCUUGUGUGUUGUGUGGCCUUCUGUUAUAGACUGUCUAUGUUCUGGCUGUAAAUAAUGGUUCAAGAUACUUGACAAUGGUGUGUUUGAUGAUAUAAUGGUACUUCUAUUGAUUUAUCCUUUUA